AUGUAAUAAUAAUAGAUUCAAAGAGAUUAAGUAAAAUUUUGUUAUGAAUUACUCUCAGAAUUAACAAUCCCUCAAAAGUAAGUGUGCAAUGCUAUUGCUUUCAAUCAAAAUAAAGAAUUACUCUUAGUCUGUUGUGAUAACAAUAUUAAAGUUUACCAAUUUAAUGAUGGAUAUUUAAAAUUAAUAUAAAUACUAUCAAAAAGUCGAUUUACUAUCACAGUCUUGACUUUUUUUAAUUACAACAGAAAGUGUUAAUUUUUAUCGGGUUCAUGUGAUAGUUUUAUAGAAGUUCGAUCAAUAAAUUAAUUAAGAAGUCAAAAAUACAUUCAGAAAUUGGACUCACAUAAGAGAGCCAUUAGUUGUUUAGUUAUCGGUUAAAAUUAAAAGAUGUUUUUAUCUGGCUCGAUGGAUUAAAAAAUUAAAUUAUGGAGUUGCUACUAAUAAAAUUAAGGUAGCUGUCAAUGGUCCUGCUAAUAGACUAUUAAAGGUCAUAUGAAUUCUGUCUAUGCUUUAGAUAUUAAUUCAAAAUAAAAUAAAGCAGUAUCAUGUGGAUAUGACGACAAAAUGUUAAUUAUGGAAAUAAUAUAAAACAUGGAAACUUAUUAAUUGGUUUUGAAAUAAAAGAUUAGUUUACUAAACUUUAGUUUUCGAAUUCUAUUCAUAAAUGAUUCAGAUUUCAUAUUUCAAUCCUAUUGUGGAAAAAAUCUUUAAUUGCUCCAAUAAGAUUAAAAUGAAAAGUAUGUUAUAACAUAAUUUCUACCUGUUUAGUGUAAAUCCUAGCCUUGCAAUAUAUUUUUCAAGCCCUAAUAUAUUAAUUCAAAAGGUUUUUUUGCUUGUAAAAAUAGUUAAAAUCUUAAUUUUGUAUAUCAUAAUCCUGUAAAUAAUGAGCUUGUAUUAUUAUAUUCAUUAAGUUUUGAUAAUUAUGAAUAAUAUGGAUCAUUAAGUGAAGAUGGUGAAUAUUUAAUUACUUGGGAUUAGAAAUUAGAAAAAAUAGAAGUAAGAAAGUAUAAGAUCAUUGAUGACUAAAAUAAUUGA